AUGGAAGAGAAGAAGAAAGCUAUCCUGGUUAAGGCCGUUUACGGACUCAAAAAAUCGGAAAUCGCAUGGAGGAGCCUCUGUGCGGACGUUUUGAAGGAACAAUUGGAGUUCCAACCAUAUCGUGGAGAUACGGACGUUUGGCGUCGUCCUUGUCAACACAAAGAUGGUUCGAAGUAUUAUGAGUAUAUUUUAGUUUAUACUGAUGAUGUCAUUGCAAUCUCGGAGAAUCCAAAAGCGAUUAUGGACAAACUCAACAAUUUCUUUGUUUUAAAACCUGAAUCAAUAAAAGAGCUAACCACAUAUCUUGGUGCAACAAUCUCGAAGCACAAGUUGGAUGGUGAUGAUUAUUUCACCUGGGUUAUUGGAUCUGAAGCGUACCUACAAGAGUCACUAAGAGUUGUCAAGAAACGAAUUGCGCCAAUGCAACUGACUUUGAAGAAAAAGGUUUACUCAACUUUAGCCACUGGAUACAAGCCGGAACUUGAUUCUACUCCUUUUGUUGAUGAUGAUACUGCUAUUCUUUACAUGCAGCUCAUUGGUAUUCUACGCUGGCUUGUGGAACUUGGUCGUAUCAAUGUUGCCGCUGAAGUGUCUAUGCUCUCAUCUUACAAUGCAAUGCCUCGUGAAGGUCACUUUCAUGCUGCCUUACAUAUUUUUGCCUAUUUACAGAAGCAUCCUGAUCGUGUACUUGUGAUGGAUUGUGGUUAUGCUGAUCAUCUGAGACCAUUGAAGAAAGCUGACUACUCACAGUUCUAUGAUUUCACUAAGGAUGAACUACCAAGUGACAUGCCUACACCUCUUGGCAAAGCGGUAGAGUUUACUAUGUUUGUUGAUGCAUCUCAUGCUGCUAACGUUGUUACUUGUCAAUCAAGAACAGGAGUAUUGAUCUUUGUUAACAAAGCUCCUAUUAUCUGGUAUUUGAAAAAGCAAAACAGUGUCAAGACAAGCAGUUUUGGUUCUGAAUUUGCUGCUCUAAAGACAGGUGUUCAAUUACUUGAGGGACUACGAUUCAAGCUCAGAAUGAUGGGCGUGACAAUAUGUCCGUUGUCAAGAACUCAAGUGUUCCUGAAUCUCAAUUGA